AUGAGUGGUCGUUUCUCGCGCACAAUCUAUGUUGGCAACCUUCCCGCAGAUAUAAGAGAGUCAGAAGUUGAAGACAUAUUCUAUAAGUAUGGUCAUAUAUUGGAGAUUGAAUUGAAGAUUCCACCUCGUCCUCCUUGCUAUUGUUUUGUGGAGUUUGAGCAUGCUCGGGAUGCAGAAGAUGCUAUCAGGGGCAGAGAUGGCUAUAACUUUGAUGGGUGCCGACUGAGGGUUGAGCUUGCACAUGGUGGCAGAGGGCCAUCGUCUUCAAGUGAUCGUCGUGGAGGCUACGGUGGCGGUGGCGGUGGCAGUGGUGGUGGAGGCGGCGGCCGAUUUGGCACUUCUCGCCAUUCUGAGUAUCGAGUUAUUGUUCGUGGGCUUCCGUCUUCUGCUUCUUGGCAAGAUUUGAAGGAUCAUAUGCGAAAAGCUGGGGAUGUCUGUUUUGCUGAAGUUUCCCGUGACAGUGAAGGAACCUAUGGCCUCGUUGAUUAUACUAGUUAUGAAGACAUGAAAUAUGCUAUCCGGAAACUUGAUGAUACUGAGUUUAGAAAUCCCUGGACCAGAACUUACAUCCGGGUUAGGGAAUACAAGCACAGUCUGUCAAGAAGCCCGAGCAGGAGCCGCAGUCGAAGCAGAAGUCCCAGAAGGAAUAGAGGCAAAUCAAUUGAUCGGUCUGUUUCCAGAUCACCAUCUAAUUCUCCUGUUAAGCCAGCCAGAGCUAGAUCAAGGUCGAGGUCAUUGUCCAGGUCUAGAUCAAAAUCAAUGUCAAGAUCGGCAUCUCCUCAUCAGGCAAGGUCUGGCAGUGGCUAA